GAUGGGUGUGGGACCAUGUCCAAUAAGAGAGAGCUCCAUCAUGAUUCUGCUUAUCCUCAAGAAAUGGCUUCCCUCUUACGAUCCCCACCCUUUCUCUCUCAUUCGGUUAAAAAAAGAACUUACCAUUUUUCUUCAUCUCAAGCUCCACCACCGCCGCCUCAGCCGUCAAAAACACCUCCAGAACUGCAGUCUUUAAAAGUGGUAUCUCCAGACCUGCCAUUGUUGAGUGAAAAAGUUGAGACAAGGGGCAAAAGAAAUAGGUCCGUGGAGUCAACAGAUUGGAUAGCUUCGUCUUUAACGAGAAGAUUUGGGCUUGGUGCUGGUCUUGCUUGGGCGGGUUUCCUAGCCUUCGGUGUCAUCUCAGAACAGAUUAAAACUAGACUUGAAGUCUCUCAACAACAAGCAAACACAAGGGAUGUAGAGGAGCAAAAGGAAGUGGUUUUGCCUAAUGGCAUAAGGUACUACGAGUUGAGAGUUGGUGGCGGAUCUUCACCAAGGUCAGGGGACUUGGUCGUGAUCGGCCUCAAGGGCAAAGUCGAAGGAACUAACCAAUCUUUUGUGGACACAUUUGAGAGCAAAAAGAAGCCUCUAGCCUUGGUGAUGGGGUCUAGGCCAUACACGAAGGGAAUGUGUGAGGGUAUAGAUUAUGUUGUAAGGUCAAUGAAAGCGGGUGGCAAGAGAAGGGUUAUUGUCCCUCCAAACUUAGGCUUUGGAGAGAAAGGUUCAGAUUUUGACUCUGGAGUUCAAAUCCCACCAAAUGCUACCCUCGAGUAUAUUGUGGAGGUUGAUAAGGUCUCCAUUGCUCCUGCAUGAUGCUUGUGCGUAUAAGUUUAGGACAAAUAUUAGAAUUUUGGUUUGAUAAAUGCAAAAUUGGACUUUCUUCUUAUUUCCUAUAGUUUUGAGAUGUAUAGUUUUUCAGUUUUAUUUUUCAAAUCUAGGAUUCCAACUUAUGAUAUGAUGUUGUACCAAUUCAUUUGGCAAAUAAAAAAUGUAAUAUUAUUUAAUCA